AUGGCCCCCGAGGCCCCCGGUCUGGCUCCGCAGCGGGAGGAACACGGCCGCGGCGCGGCUGCGGCCUCGCCGAACAGCGUGCGGCGGGCGGCAGCGGCGAUGCGGGCCAAGAAGCGCGUCGGCGACCGCAUGGCGCCGGCGCCGAUCGAGCAGCUCGGGCUCAUUGACACGCACGCGCCGCAGUUCAACUCCACGCAGCAGCUCAACAACAACGACGAGAACCGGAACGAUGCACGCGACGGCGCGGAGGAGGGCGACGACGUGGACAGCGGCGACGAGAGCGGCGGCUCGCCGACGCCGUCGCUCCCGCGGUCGCCGCCGCGCGAUGCUGAAACGCAGGACGACCCCGUAGAGGACAGCUGCGCCGAGGACGGGGCAGCGCCGCUCGCCACACGGAUCGCGCAGCGGGCGGGCGCGGCGGCUGCUGGCGGCGGCGCGCUGUCGCCGCGCGACGCGAACACCCUCGCCGCGAGGCAGCGCGCCGGCGGGAACAGCGCCACGCCCGCCCGGCGCGCGCAGCAGCAGCGCGCGCUGCACCUGUCGCCGACAGCCGUGUCUCCGGCGCGCCGCCGCACGCCCGUGGCGACCGCGUCGCCGGCGGCGGCCGCGGGGGCGCUGCAGCAGAGUGCACGCAAGCUGAACCAGCCGCCUGCGGACGCCCGGCCGGCAUUGAGGCCUCGGAGGUCUGUGUCGCCCCCCCCGGAGGAGGUGCUGCCUGGGAGCCCCCUGGGGGGACUGAUGCUGGACGAGGACCUGACGCAGGACGAGGCGGACAUGCUGGCCCCGCGUGAGGCGCUGGCGGGCGCUAGCAAUGCGGACGGCUCGAGCGGAGCCGAGGCGCCGCCCGCGCGCGCGAGGACGAAGCAGCGGAUCAGCGACGGCGAGGAGGAGUCCAGCGGCGGCGAGAGGGGGUCGGACGAGGAGCCCGGCCCGCUGCGGCAGCAGAAGGUCGUUUCAUGCAGAGAGGCGCCAAGGGUCGAGAGAGAGGUCCGGGGGGACGAGCGGGACAGCGGCGACGACGACGGCAGCGAUGCGGAGCCGCUGCCCGCCCCGCCAAAGGAGGUUCUGCCCAGUUUCGCGAAGCGUUCGGGGAAGGAAGCCUCGGCGGUGGUGGAGAGCGGGAGCGACGGCAGCGAGUCGGAGGAGGAGCCUGUCCGGCCGCCGAAGAAGAUGGCGAAGGGCGCGGGGGGCAGUGCGGUGAAGAAGACGCCUGUGGCGCCGGGCGGGUCGGCAAAGAACAAGCGCGGCCAGCGCAGUGCGGUGAAGACGCCUGCGACGCGGGGCGUGGACAGGGCCGCGAAGGGCACGCCUCCGACCAACGGGUGUCAGCCGGCCCGCAAGUCGGCCGGCAGCGCGGGGCCGGCGUCGCGGAAGCGCAAGGCUUCCGCGGUCGCCACGGACGCGCGCGCGGGCCCCACGUCAGGCAGCAUCUCUCUUACGGGCUGCACGGAGGCACAGCGGGACCUCUGCAAGGUCGCGACGCAGAAGCUGCGGAAGCUGCGCACGUGCGCGGCGGGCAAGGAGGAGGCCAUGACGCACCUCGUCGUCGGCGACACCUCGAAGCGGACCCUCAAGGUGCUACUUGCGAUUGCGCGCGGCGCAAAGAUGGUGCUGCCAGAGUGGCUCGUGGCCUGCGUGGAGCAGGGGCGGUGGCUCGACGAGGCGCCGUACCUGGCGGAGGGCGCGUUCGCGGAAGCGGCGCGGCGCUCCGAGGAGAGUGGCCCCGGGCAGCUGCUCGCGGGCGUGCACGUGCACCUGGUGGUGACGCGUGCGGGGGCGAAGGAGGACCGUUUGGCGACGAACGCGACGGCGCUGAGGCGCGUGGUGGCGGCGCUGGGCGGGCGGGUGGCGUCGGCGGCGACGUGCGACGUGUGCGUGGUGGCGGGCGCCGCGGACGAGGACUGUGCGGGGAGCGUGCCGCAGGCGGUCGUGCGGAACGGGGUGCCGGCGGUCACGGUCGACUGGCUGCUCAAGUCGAACGAGCGGUACGAGCUGGUGCCGAAGGCGGAGUUCCGGGUUUGA